AACAUUUGAAAAAGUAGUAAAAAAGUGAAACAUUAUAAAAAUAAUUAUUAAAUUUACUUCAAAAUCAAGUCAUGACUGAAGACUUGGCUAAACGAGUGGCCGCUUAUAAGGCGGUCGACAAUCACGUAAAGAAUGGACAUAUUGUGGGCAUCGGCAGCGGGACCACAAUAAAACACGCCAUCCGUCGCAUCAAACAAAACCAAUUGGACGUCAAGUGUAUUGCCAUUAGUCUAGAAGAAAAGGAGUUAUUAACGGAAAACGGCAUUCCCUUAACGGAUCUCCAGAUUAAUCCAGUGAUCGAUGUCUUCAUCGACGGCUUCGACGAAUUGGACGCCGAGACUAAGGCGUUGAUCGCCGGCGACUGCGGUCGAGUCACACGCGUUCAACUCAUGGCAAACGCCGCCAAACACACCGUUUUCAUCGCA